AUGUGCAAGAGGCCGGAGGAACGAUGGAAGUGUGCGAAUAUGGUGUUGAGGAUGACAAUGAUGAUGAUGAUGAUGAUGAUGAUGGUCGGAACGAGUACAGCAGCUAGUGAGUUUGAAACUUUCCCGAACAAAUUGUGUAGAAAAUUAUUAGAGCCAACAUUGUUUAGUGAUGAUUACUGUUUCUAGAACAGUUUGUAGCUUUAUGGGGUUUUUCAGGCUGUGAAAAAAAUGAUUUUUUUCCGUUUUUUUCGUUUUUUUACGUCAAAAAACCCAAUUCAGCGAUGUAAAAAAACAAACAUACGCUGAAUAGCCCCAUUAGAAAAUGGUGAACUUUAUCUCACUUAAAAUAGAGCUCGGUGUUGUAAUGUUGAUUUUUCAGUUUCUUGCACAUACCUCACCAAGACUAGCAUUUUCGUAGACUUUUUGAAGCCUAAACGAACAUAAUUAAUUCCCUAGUUGAAAUCUCAAAUAAUGCCCAUUCUCUAAACCAGACAAGCGCAAAGAUCAGACCUUUUUAAAUCUAAUUGCUCAUUCUAUGUUUUCUGCCGAUGCAGUCACAACCCGAAUGACGAGAUUUUCGCGAAAUCGGAUUUGAAAUUUAGAAUUCAUUGGGUCGCCGCUUCCAUCAAUAAAUAAAUAUCCAAUGAGAAAGUGAGGGUGGUUUUUUGUUUCCAGGAGAAGCAUUGAUGGAUGAUUACGGCGAGUUUCUGCCGCACAUUCGACUCGCCAAAGACCUGAUGGACCCGAGAAGGUUCGGCAAACAGUAAAGACGCGGAAGUUGAAACAAUGCAAUUUAGGUACGACAGUCGAGUGCGGCCGGUGAUGAAUCACUCGAAACCGACGACCGUCUCGUUCUCGAUGAGUUUGUACCAGAUUUUGUCUAUUGUGAGCGAGCUAGUUUUUCGAUUUUUCUCAAAAAGAGAGAGAGAGUUCAGAAUGAAAAGCAGCAAAAUGUGGAUUUGAACGUGUGGGCGAUUCAAAAGUGGAACGACGAUUUUCUCGGCUGGAACCCCUAUCUUUACGGAAUGAUCAACACGACAAUACUUCCGUUCGACGCGAUUUGGCUGCCCGACACUUAUCUAUACAAUAGGUUCGCUCGCCGCAUUAUUAUUUUUUCGAUGGCGCCCCGACUGCAAUUAUCGCCUUUUUCUAGCGUCGUGAUGAAUCGCGAGGAGACGGAACGUUAUAUCAAUGUGGUCGUGACGACCAACUAUUGGAAGGGUGAGAAGGGCGCCGAGGUGAAAUUCAUGUAUCCGGCGUUGUAUCGGACGAGCUGUUUGUUGGACAUCAGGUUGGUUUUGAAACAUUUUUGCAAGAUUUACCUACUGGAAAUAUGUAGAAGGGCACCUCAGUACCGACUAUAUUCAAAAAGGUGUUUUUCAGCGCCACGGUCUCCAGAGCUUACAAUGGGCGCAAGUGCGCCCCGCCCAAUAGAGCGAUACAUUGGCGCGAAAUUCACAUUUUAACAGCAAAAUUUGUGUUUUUUGCCAGAUUAGCCACGAAAAACCGAUAAUUUCUCAUUUAUCUCUCGAUAGACCGAUUGUAUAGGCUAUUACGAAUUUUUUAAGCGCAAGAGCGUUAAAUUUGGUCAAGUCGCAAAUCACAUUUAUCCGUUUGAAGGUUUUUCGCUAAAACUGCGUGAAUUUCAGUUGCUUUUCGGUUGUUUUCGCGGUUCGAGCGCUCAAAAUGCUUGUAUUUACGUGAUUUAUCAUUCUCAAAACCAAUUCUGUCGGAAAACGGUCAAGAAAGCGCAAAAUGAGAAGUGCGGUUUUAAGGCGGCGAUCGGCGGCGAAGGCGAAAAAGCAAAGUCCGCGAAUAAUGCGCCAAAACAUCAUUAAUUGUGAGAAUUAGUGUGUUUUCAUGUCGAACAUGCAUUUUUCAUCGCCUUUGACCACAAAAAUCAGAGGAAACCUGCUCAAUUCAUGAAAACGCCAUUUGGCCGCCGAGGCCACGCCCAUAUUGUCAGCUCUGGAGACCGUGGCUCGGUUAAAAGGUAGUCAACUAAUGCAUUGCUUAAGAAGACAUUCCGCAUAAUUUACCAAUUGGCAACUUUCUGAUAUCUCUAUUGCCAGCUGAGAUACAUCGUUUUGAAUGGGUGAUACACAGAUUUUACACAUAUAAAACACAGAUUCUUUCCGUACGACCAACAAGCGUGCAAACUGACCAUCUCCUCGUGGACCUCAUCGAAAUCCGACAUAAACUACGAGCCCGAGUACGAAUCCGUCAAUAUGGACAACUUUUUGCCGAACGAAGAGUGGGUCGUCGUCAGUUUCAACAUUAAACGCAUCGAGGAGAAGUUUGUGUGCUGUCCGGAGCCGUGGGUUCUUCUCGAAGCGGUGCUCGUGGUGCGGAGGAAGCCGUUGUAUUAUAUUGUGAAUCUGGUCAUUCCCACUUCUGUGAUCACCCUCGUCGCCGUCACCGGCUUCUUCACAGCCGCUUCGACCAGUUCGGAAAGGUACGGUUGUGGGUCUCGCCACGAAAAACGAUUUUGUUCAGGCGAGAAAAGCUCUCGCUGGGCAUCGACUCCCUGCUCGCCAUGUCGAUUCUGAUGAUGAUGGUGUCGGAACAAAUGCCGACGUCGUCCGAUUUCGUGCCGCUCUUCGGAAUCUUCUACCUCUCCAUCAUAUUUAUCAUCUUCAUAGGAACCCUCUUCACCGCCUUCAUCCUCAACGUACACCUCCAGAAGAUGUACUCGAAACCCGUUUCGCCCAUCAUCUCGUACAUUUUCUUCGGAAGGGUUUGUAGUGCAGUGCGAACAUUAUAAAUCUCAACAUUGCACUUUUGAAGAUUGCCCACUGGCUGCGAAUGCGUCCGCCGACAAUGUUGCUGGAAUUGUGGAAUGAAACGGGUGUAACUUUCGGAAAAGCCAUCAAGAAACCGAAACGAACAGAUCAGAAGAUCAAAAGUCUUCCGAAAGUGACAUCCUCCUCCUCGGGCUUGAAUCUUUUAAGGUCUUCCGGAAGUGGAAUGGCUCCACUGGCGGCUCCAAUUAGUGCCAGGUCUUACAUGUAAGUCUCGGAAAAGUACAAGACCCGAAUCGAAUGCUGACUUCAGAAGCAUGGACGAUAUGAAACGAGAAGCGGCGAGACGGAAUUGGCGAAGGCUCGUGCGGAAGAUCAACGCGAAUAAGGCGAAUCAGAACGGAGGAUGCAACGCUAAAAGUAUUAGAUUGCCCGUUUUUUCCAGAGACGUCCGCUACUUUCAGAUCCAGGCGGAGGGGAACGCGGACAGUUGCGGCAAGCGGCGCGGAAGAAGAAUGCGCCCGCGGCGAUUUCGGUUCCGCACGGAGAGCCAGGGCCUCUGAUGCUCAGCGCGUCGGCCAUCUCAGCGUUCUCAGUCACCGGCGACUCGACCAUUUUGGAGAGCAAGUUGAAGAGGAGGUGGGAAGGCCCUAGCAACUUUUAGGUCAAGGUUACAACCGAUCUUUCACUCUCUUGUACCCUUGCAGACUUUGCCGAUUUGAGAGGCCUGAGACCAACUUUCCGGGCGUUCAAAACCCCAGACCACUUCCACCUAUUUGCAGAUACGCUCUGGAAUGGGAGUACCUGGCGUCGGUGCUGGACCGUGUCCUUCUCAUCGUCUUCUCGCUCGUCGUCUUCUUCGUCACCUCGAUCAUGAUCCUGGUAGGAGAAGCUAUGCAUUUGUCCUACGAGCUUGCCGCUAAGGAGUUAUAG